AUGAGUGGUCCUUCCCGUCGUGUCCACACAAAUGCCGUUAUCGAGGCAGGAAAGCUUCGGGCCAGAGAUGAGCAAGAAAUGCAAUUCUACUUACAAAGGCUUCAACUAGACCUUGGCAUCUAUAACUCAGAUAUUGAACCAGAACAUGAAACAGAUAUGUUCUGCAGCUGCCCAGUUCAUAGGUAUAAACAGAGGAAAUUUGCUCGCCUUGGCGUGCAGAACCAUUGGUCUAAGGCAGUCAUGUACCCAGGCGAAAAAGCAUACCAUGAUUGCUAUCAAAACGCACCCAUGUUUAGUAGCAAUCCUUACCAGUUCAUAUCCCCUUAUUCAAUUGGAUAUGGUAGCUUUGGCAGCUAUGGCUCUGGGGGCAUGUAUAACAUGAGUGGGUUUUAUGGAGUGGGAAGGCCAGACGCAAGCCUCUACGCCAGAUACCUUCAAAAGACGCUGAGCCUGAAUGCGUCACUGAAUUCAGCCGCGCAAAUAGCCAUCGAUCAACAGGAGCCUAGGAUUAAUAUAUGGCAAUCCAUUGAGCCAGGACCUUCAACAUCAGAGAAAGAUACUGGUAAAGCCUCGCCAGAUCCAUCCAAUAAUGAAAAAGAGGCCAAAUCAUCCAGAUUCUCUAGCCUACGAAGGGCCUUCUCUAUCAAAUCACCCGAAGAGAGAGAAAUUGCACGUACAAGAAAGGCAAUUGCCCGCGGUCAAUCGCUACGAAACGAAAUCCUGUACGAGGAAAAUGGAAGAUGGCCGGACAAUGAUUGGCGACGACUCGUUGCAGAGUACCAGGAGCAUGUCGGUAUGACGCAGAAAAUUGCUGAGCUUCGAGCUAGAUUUCCCAUUCAAUAUCUACAUUUGCUACGAGCAGGAUACUUCGAGCCUAUUCCAGUCGAGUGGGCCAAUCUCGCUUCCAAUCCGCUUAAAUUCAGCAUCGAGUCGGGUUCUGGAUGGAGAGGUAUAACGCCUGCUUGGAGAGGCUAUGAGGAUACGGCCGAGGAGCGCUUAUACUGGGUCUUAAACCACAGGGCAGGGAUCACCGGUCCGAGAAUGAAACCUGAUCCUAUUUCUGCGAUGCAAUUGGCUCGUGCCAGGAUGGCUUCUGCCGUUGAGCCUCCCCCUGCGUACUUCUCUCCGGAUGAUACUUGCCACGUUCAGCAUAAGUCAGAUGGCUACUCGAAGCAGGUGAUGCCUGCUCCAUUCAGGCCUUUUGAUGGGGCAGAAGUGCCCUCGGAUGACACAAUGAUAUUGUUGGACGUUUCUGGGUCCAUGAAUUUCGACCCUAUUCGCCCGGUAUAUCAAGGCCCUCUGAUAACACAGUAUGAGCCAUCGACUCAGCCGAAAAAUAAGGAUCUCGCCAAAGCCAUCAUCCAUCGCUUUACAGAUGCAAUGAUCAACCAUGAUCACAGCACAACUGGCUACCAGCUCGUUACUUUUGAUGAUAAUGCUGAGUAUAUCGGCUUUUUGAACAACCAGAACUUCCGUGAAAUGUGGAAUCAAAUUCGCUUUGGGGGCAGAACCCGAGUCAUGACCGGCUGGCAACUUGUCAAGAAUCUUCAUUUCCAGAAACAUUCUGAGUCGGCAUACUACCAUCCGGUAUACGGAUGGCAAGCCGGGCCAGAAACACCCAAACUUAGAUUGCUUCUAUUGCUUGAUGGUGAAGCUAGCGAUAUGGACGAGUUUGAGCUGGACCUUUUGAGCUUGUCUUGGGUUCAUGUAACAAUAUUCCUGAUUGGUGUGGAUGGAUGUCCACAUCAUCAUCGCCACGCAAACGAAUUGCAGAGAAUCAGCGAUGUCAAUCAUCAUGUCUCUUUUGUUGAUGCUCAAGGCAAUACGCCCGAGCGAUUUGUCACGCACGAGCUACUUAAGAGACAUCUAGGCUACGAUGUGACGAUGACUGAGUUUGAGGAACUGGAGCAUCCUCCCGCGUAUUCAGAAAUGUGA